AGUACUUAUUAAGUUAGAAGGAAUUAAAGAAUACCUUGGGGCACCUUCAAUGUCGCACACAGAAACCUUACAAGGGUACAACAAGAAUAAAACACAAAAGACUGAAGUAUAUACUUCUUCGAUUUCUUCCGCGCGCAAUCGGAAAAAUCGAAAAAAUCGAAAAAAUCGAAAAAAUCGAUAAAUCGAUCCUUAAUCGUGUUUCGAGUUUCGAAACAGGAAAAAUAAAUUAAAUACCAAACGUUAUUUGAUUGUCACGGGUAAAUCUGUUUGUUAAAGUUUAAUUAAGUGUUAUAUCAAAUUAUUAGUGAUAAUAUUUAAUAAAAUUUACAUUUGUGAAAUCAUCGAUUGAAGAAAUAAUAUAGUGUUAAAAUAUAAUGGAAGAUAUUGAGGAAGAAAAUGGUGCCGGGUUAGGAAACGAAAUAGAAGAGGUUUUAACGGCAGAAAAUGCACUGGAAGCUAUUGAAAAUGCAUGGCUUAAUGAAAAAUUUUCUCCAGAAAUUCUUCCGCAUAAAUUUGAUCUUGUGGAUUGCAUGUUGCAACAGAUAAGUCAUAUGGAAGAAAACGUGAAGAGGUUAGAAAGGGAUGAUCUUCGUUUGUGGAUUCAUAAAAUGGAACUCGAGAGGAUACGUUUCCUUAUUUCUAGUUAUUUAAGAAUGCGUUUGGACAAAAUAGAAAGAUAUACUAUUCAUAUAUUGUCAGAGGAAGCUGCCAGACAACCAGAAGAAGCUUACUUAACCCCAAAUGAAGUACGCUUUGCUAAAGAAUAUUUGGGUAGCGUUGAAAAUCUUUUCAAAACGGUUGCUUUGCAACACAUGCCUGCUAGUUUUCAAGCAUUUGAAAUAGAAAAAGUUAGCACCAAACCAAAUAUGCAAACUCAUGUAUUUUUAAGAGCCAAUGAAAGAAUAACUGGUAUUAUUUUACCCGGUGUAACAGAUGAAGAAAUAGAUUUGGAAGCUGGUUCUCAACACAUUAUACAAUAUAAUCUUAUCGCUGAUUUAGUUAAAAGUGGUGCAGUACAAUUAAUAUGAAUAAAUUACUCGUAAAUUAUUUAUAUAUUGGACGUUCAAGAGUAAUAUGAUCAUCUUAUUUAUAACGAUCGACAUUAGCCGUAGCUUCAUCGAGAAUUAGAAUUUUAUUAUUUUCUAUAAUAGCACGCGCUAGACAAAGCAAUUGUCUUUGU